UCCGCCAGGGGAGGAGCAAAGCAGAAGAGGCGGGCACCAGCUCUGCCAGCCGCAGCAGCCGCUGCCGCCGGGCUCCGCCACCCUACACCAGGCGGCCCGUUGGACCUCGCACGCCCUAAGCCGCUCAACACUGCACCAACCGCUCCAACCGACGCGCGGCAGGGCCAGCGUCGUCAAAGCCAGAGCCGCUGACGUCAGACGUGACGCCGGCGCAGGGCGGGAGCGGGGCCGCUGGAGGGCGUUUCCGGAGCACGCGCCGGCGAGGGCCGCUGACGUUGGGCUCAGGUGCGCGCGCUUACCUGCGAGCCCGCCCGCCCGCGCGAGGCCCAGGUGUCGGCCCGCAGCUGCAGUUGGGGGCCUGCUGCGGGGCGCGGCCACAGGGUGAGAGUUCGCGCUUUCCAAGGGAGCCACGCCGCCUCGGCCCGCGCCCUGCGGAGCCCCACCUCAUUGGAGGGGAUGGAGAGCCGCCCCCCAGGCCCCAGCGCGGCCCGCGACCCCACGCUGGCCGGCCCUCGCUAGCUGCUCGAAUUCUGCGUUUUAUCCACCGCCUAGGCCUUGUCUCUUGAAUCAGUGGCGUUGUGGUUCAAAGGAAAUGGAAGAAAAGGAGCGAUGUGACCGAUUCCGUUCGGUCACCCUGCCUUGAGGCCUGGUGGGCAUUUGCAGAGAGGAAAAUAGAGGAAGACAAUCGUGGGAUUUUUGGAGGAAGGCGUGGGAGAAGGCAACAAGGUCUUAGAUUAUAUAUAAUUUUUAAAAAUUCUGCACUUUGAUACUGGAGGCGAAGUACACUAAUCCAAAAGUUAUCUUUCUUUUGAGAAGAAAGAAGAGGUGGAUUCUUUUUUCCUUUUGAUUCCAACCUUUUCUCCCUGUGACAAAGCAUAAAUUCAUGGACACGAAAAAAUAAGGUGGAUCUCAGGAAUCCUGAAAAGACUGAGAAGCUCACAUUCUUCCUCAGGAGGAAGGGUGGGGUGUUUUUAGCCCUCUCUGGAACCUAAAACGAAAAACAUGAGUUGCGUGCCAUGGAAAGGAGACAAGGCCAAAUCUGAAUCAUUGGAGCUGCCCCAGGCAGCACCCGCACAAAUCUACCAUGAGAAACAGCGCAGGGAGCUUUGUGCUCUUCAUGCCCUCAAUAACGUCUUCCAAGACAGCAAUGCCUUCACUCGAGAAACAUUGCAAGAGAUUUUCCAGAGGUUGUCUCCAAACACCAUGGUGACCCCCCACAAGAAGAGCAUGCUGGGAAAUGGGAACUACGACGUGAACGUCAUUAUGGCAGCACUUCAAACCAAAGGCUAUGAAGCUGUUUGGUGGGACAAGCGCAGGGACGUCAGUGCCAUUGCUCUCACUAAUGUCAUGGGCUUCAUCAUGAAUCUGCCCUCUAGCCUGUGCUGGGGUCCAUUGAAGUUGCCUCUCAAAAGGCAGCACUGGAUCUGUGUUCGAGAGGUGGGAGGUGCCUACUACAACCUCGACUCCAAACUGAAGGUGCCCGAGUGGAUUGGAGGCGAGAGCGAGCUCAGGAAAUUUCUAAAACAUCAUUUGCGAGGAAAGAACUGUGAACUCCUGCUGGUGGUACCAGAAGAGGUGGAGGCCCAUCAGAGUUGGAGGGUUGAUGUGUAAUGCAGUUCUACCUAACCUUCCCUUCCUAAAUCCUCCGUGAUGUGCUAUGGCCUAUACAGUGGGUCUGUCCUUGCCACUUCCCCAAACAUCUCAUUGGGUUUUUCCCCUCAGAUUUGACAGUGCAAUAGGACAGAUGUGUGGAUGGUUGUAAGAACCAGCAAGCGUUACCUGCUCCUGGGAAUGGAAGGUAGGAGCUCUAUGCGCUUAAGGCAAGCAACCGAAGACCCUUGUUUUAUAUGAAAGGAGAAAGAAAGGUGGGUCUCAGCUGAUUUUCCCUUCCUGUGAGGACUUGACAGAGGCGCUGGAGUUCACUGCUGCUGUACUCGGCUGGACAUGCUGCCUCCACUAGCCCUUUCCUGGUGACCAGUGGGUCUGAAGACAGAAAGUGCAGAAAGUCCGUGUGACUGGCUUGUAGGACCCAGAGCAUAAGGGGCCUCUCAGGAAACCGUCUCCAAAACCCCAGCAGCAGUGCAACAUGCUCUCUCAAACCCUUAAUGCCACCAUUACCCUCACGUUUAAGGGUGAUUGAUGGCCACCCUUGGGAGUUUUAUAAUGAAAAAGUUCUCUAAUAUUCCAUGCUGGGUGGUUGAGUCCUGCAAAUUUCUAGUGUGACAUGGUGAGCUCAAUAGCUAGAUACUACUAUCUAAGGACGUGGCCCAAGUCAGAUGGGGGCAGGCAUGGAUGGCCCAUCUGCCUCACUCCAGCGUUGUCCCUGCCAUUUCACUACAUUGAUUUAGGAGGCUUUGGGGCACAAGAUGGGCAAAAGGGCAGUUUCCCAGUUGACCCACUCUGGGAAAAUCAGGAAAAAAUAAGUUGGCCUUUGACAUCAAAUUGCAUUAGUUUGAGACAAAGUUGGGUGAGGAGCAUUGUGAGGAAAAGCUGCUCAGAGAGUAAUUGCAGCUAGAAUCGGUAGAAGUCCUAGGCUCAGAGUCACUGCAGUAACAAACAGCCUCAAGUUGGGUGGUUAUGUGCAUUAUGUUAUAGGAUCUGAGUUUGUCCUCUUUCAAAGUUUCCUUCACAGAUCGGCUGAGAAUUGGCCCACCCCCCUACCUCUACAUAGCUGUAGGCCCCUUUCCCUCUGGAACUCGGGAAAACAAGAGGGGAAGUACACCACACUGUGUCACCCAAGUGGCUGUGGUUGCCUCAGGGCAGGUGGGCAGGAAGGGAUGGCCUGUCCACCCUUACAGAGCAGUGGUCUUGGCAGGUCAGAGAGCUACCCCACUGGCCAGACUUCUCUCCCAGCAGCAGUCAGGCUGGGGCUUACAUGUCAAGCCUGAGUAAGCUUAGCAGGACAAAGCUGAGGCUUUCUCCCCACUGUGACUGGAGUGCAUGUUUACACCAGCACUUUUUCUGCACAUGUUAUCUUUAAUCCAACAAGGCCGUUUUUUAUGCUGAGUAACCAAGGCCACCAAGUGGCUACUGCAUUAUAUCCCCUCAGCAACUAGCCGCGGUCUCUUCUGCAUCCUUUUCUACACCAGACCUGCUUGGCACCACAGGGAGCUCUUUACCCCUGCACAAUGACAUUCCAACCAUCACCAGCCAGAAGUUACAGCCAGCCUUGCUGAUUGUCACAAGUAGGACCUUGGGUCCAUUGGCACGGUCAGUGAUAGUAAGCCAUUUCCUGGGAAGAGGAAACUCUUCUCUGCCAAUCUGUUUGGGCCUGUGCAAAUGGCACUUCAGAGGAGUCCCAUGCACUUGAGUCCAUGAGCCAAUGGGAUAUGCAAAGACACUUAAAACAUUUCAGGGCUGGUUUCUCUGUUCAUAUCCAAUUCUGGUGCUUAGGAACAGGGACCCAUGCUGAUGUCCAAGGGCAAAAAGCCCCAUUUCUUUUAGAAGGGGGCAGGCCUAACCCUGAUGCCCAAUAGGGGGCAACCCUAAGCUUUGUUUUUCUUGCUUUUAAUUCCUUUUUUCGGUUGGCCUUGUGCUGGGUUUGUUUACAAAAGAUGUAUUUUGUUUAACCAAAUAUUAAAAAUGGAGAACUCCAUACAUAAAUCUCAA